AUGUCGUUAAAGUUUACAGGCGAUAGUCAAGCACCAAACGAGGCGGAUAGGGAGGAAAUCAAUCAACGUCUCGACAGGCACAUGAGUAUUUUAAAGCUAUACGAGGACAUACAAAGUAGCAUAGACGAGAUGACAGACGAUCCUGUGGAAACUAUCGAGUACCGCGAACAGUUCGAAUCAGAGUACUAUGAGGCAAUAAAGGCCACUAACAGCUUAUUAGGUAGGUACAGUCCAGCAAGGGUGGUUCCGUUAGCGGAAGCAAGUUUCACACAACCUUACGAUCAGCAUCGCGAUGUGAUUGAGAAUAGUUUCGAGCAAUUGCAAGUGCAACAGAACGCACAAACAGAGCAACAUAACAAUCUUUUAGCGUCUACCUCCGCGGGUGUCACAUUCACAAGUCAGAGCAACGUUCCAAGUGUCAAAUUGACAGACGUUAAGCUACCAAUCAUAGAAUUACCUAAAUUCAAAGGGGACCUGUCGAAUUGGUUAAAAUUUCGCGAUACAUACAAAUCUCUCAUUCACGAUAAUCAGAGCAUUAGUAAUAUUCAAAAAUUUCACUAUCUGAUAGCCGCAUUGGAAGGCAGUGCGGCACAGAUAGUCGACGAGUAUAAAUAUAACGAACAAAAUUAUGAGAUUGUUUGGGACGCGUUGCACAGACGGUACGACGAUCCCAAAUUGUUAAUUUACAAUCAUAUCGAAGCAAUGUUUAAAACAAAGGGCAUAAACGGUGAAUCGGCCGUGCAGUUAAACAGCAUAAUUGAUAGUUUCACGAAGCAUACGCGCGCGUUAAAGAAGUUACAAGAGCCGGCCGAGCAUUGGGAUUCACUGCUUAUUUAUCUUAUUGUCACAAAAUUAGAUAACGAGACGGCCCGCGAAUGGGAAAAACAAAAGUUACUUUUGCCGGACAAGCCGAAGCUUGAGAACCUGAUAAAGUCGUUGCGCGAUAGGGUAGCGUUGCUGCAAACUAUGGAGAGAAAAAACGGUGUAAUCAAAACAAAGGGAAACUCCCAAAGCAAAACUAACGCGUUUUUAUCUAACAAAACCAGCUGUAUUUUGUGUAAGGGAGAGCAUUACAUUCAAAAAUGCAGUACAUUUUUAAAGUUAACGCCGCAAGAAAGAACCGAGAAGGUCAAACAGCUUAAGCUAUGUACAAACUGUUUAAAAAAGGGUCAUUUUAUAAAGGAUUGCAGUUUCGGGGCGUGCAGAAAAUGUGAUAACAAGCAUAACACGUUGCUGCACUUUGAAAGGGGAGCGCAAUCUCCACCGAGUUCAACGACGACAAUGUGCUCGUCAGGCCAGGCCAGCGCCAUUAAUGAGUCCAACGUAAUUUUAGCUACGGCAUUAGUGAACGUGAGCGGUGCUAGCGACGUCGUAUGCAGCGCUCGCGCAUUCUUGGAUUCAUGCGCCCAGUCAAAUUUUAUAUCGGAAAGCCUAUGCAAUAAUUUAAAGCUCGAAAAAAGUCCGGUAAAUACGCAGGUGAUGUCGCUAAAUCAACCCGGGCCUAAGAUUAGAUAUAAAUGCGAACUCGAAAUCAAGGCGCGUAACGGGGGCUUCAAAUUUAAAGCCACGUGUCUCAUCAUCCCGAAAAUAGUAGAUGAGGUAAUGCCCAGUGAGCAGGUAGAUUUAAAGGAUGUUAGGAUUCCGUCUCACUUGAGAUUAGCAGACCCGUCAUUCAACUUGCCCGGGCAAAUAGAUUUAUUAAUUGGCGCACAAUGGUUCUGGGAUAUUCUUUGCGUAGGCCAGGUAAAGUUAAACAACAAUCUCGUUAUGCAGAAGACUAGAUUAGGGUGGAUUAUAGGAGGUCCUAUAAGCGCGACGACUCCGAAGGUAGUGCAAUGCAAUUCCAUUAGGCAAACGAGCUUAGAGCAGCAAUUGACCAAAUUUUGGGAGAUAGAAGAAACACUCGGUACAAAGGCGUUGUCGCAGGAAAAAAAGGAUUGCGAAUCUCAUUUUGUGAAAACUACGCGUCGCGACGAGGAUGGACGCUUUAUUGUAAAUAUGCCUCUCAAGGAGGCGCCAACGUGUUUAGGGGAAUCCAGGCCGCUAGCCGUGAAACGUUUGACAGCCCUAGAAAAGAGGUUUAGGGUGCGACCCGAGUUGCGCGAAGACUACUGCGCAUUCCUAAAGGAAUACGAGCAGCUGGGCCAUAUGAGCGAAGUCAAAGGAAGCUCAACAGAAUUUUCGUAUUAUUUGCCUCAUCAUUGUGUCGUGAAGAUGGAAAGUAGCACAACAAAAACGAGGGUGGUGUUUGAUGCAUCCGCUCCCACUACAAAUGGACGGUCGCUAAACUCUAUUCAGAUGAUCGGACCGGUAAUACAAAACGACUUAUUUUCUAUCCUUAUGCGGUUUCGAAAACAUGAGUAUAUCAUUUCCGCGAAUAUAGCUAAAAUGUACAGGCAGGUGUUGAUAACGGAGGAGCAGCGGCCGUUGCAAAGAAUCGUGUGGAGAGAGCAUCCUAAUGACCCGAUUAAAGCUUACGAGUUAAACACGGUGACUUACGGUACGGCCUCAGCAUCAUUUCAGGCAAUCAGAUGCUUGCAUCAAUUAGGUGUAGAAUGCAUGCAGGAAAAUCCAGAGAUAGCCAGGAUAAUUUGGAGCGACUUUUAUGUCGAUGACCUUCUAACAGGUAGCGAUACGAUCGAGGGUGCGAUUAAUAUUGCGAAGCAAACGUCACAAAUUCUCGCUAGAGGUUGUUUCGAGCUCCGAAAGUGGGCAUCAAACUGUCCAACGGUCUUGAGUGAGAUAAGCGGAGAUAGCGCGGUCAUUAAUAACAUUCAGAUUCCAGACGAUAGGCAAAGAAAAACGCUAGGAGUUAGUUGA